CAUGAGUACUGCAUUUUACUGUUUAGACAAGCUUUCCAGUGCGCGCGUUGGAAACUAACAUUCGACACUUUCUGCGUUCACAUCAGUCCCUAGUUAGCCCUUCAGGCACCACCAGGCAAAGCAGGAGACUGUCGGACAAACUGUAAACUUAGUCAAAGCGACUAAAGUCUCCAAACUCCCAGGCUGAAGAGGCUACAAACGACUCAUCCUUUCUGGCUGUUUCAAGAAAGGAUACGCUGCUGGAAAUGUGAAUUUAAAGGAGAUACUUGCCCAGCACAACCAUGAAACCAACAACUGUCCUGUGUUGCUUCGGCUUUCUCCUCACUUGCCUCUUGUUCGGGUCGAGCUCUUCACAAUCAGUAUGUGCUGGUACAGAGAACAAGCUGAGCACCCUGUCGGACCUGGAGCAGCAGUACCGCACCCUGAGGAAAUACUACGAGAACUGUGAAGUCGUAAUGGGCAACCUGGAGAUCACAAGCAUCGACCGCAGCCGGGACCUCACCUUCCUCAGAUCCAUCCGAGAAGUGACAGGCUAUGUGUUAGUGGCCCUGAACCAGUUUGACUACCUGCCAUUGGAGAACUUGAGGAUCAUCAGAGGAAACAAGCUGUAUGAGGACCGCUACUCCCUCGCAAUCUUCCUCAACUACAGACGUGAUGGAAACUUUGGAUUGCGCCAGUUGGGUCUGAAGAACCUCACAGAGAUCCUGAGCGGAGGCGUUUAUGUUGACCAGAACAAGUUUCUGUGUCAUGCAGACACAAUCCAUUGGCAGGACAUUGUCAAAAACCCUCGGAUGCAUCCUGUAGUGGUACCCACCAACAGCAGUGUCUCAUGUCAAAAGUGCAAUCGUUCCUGUAAUGGCCGUUGCUGGGGACCCAAAGAGGAUCAGUGUCAGAGCUUAACUAAGACAGUGUGUGCUGAGCAGUGUGAUGGCCGUUGCUUUGGUCCCUAUGUUAGUGACUGCUGCCAUCGUGAGUGUGCGGGUGGCUGCUAUGGACCGAAGGACACAGACUGCUUUUCCUGCACAAACUUCAAUGACAGUGGGGCGUGUGUGACCCAGUGCCCCCAACCCUUUGUCUACAAUCCCACCACCUUCCAGCUGGAACACAACCCCAGAGCAAAGUAUACCUACGGAGCCUUCUGUGUCAAGAAGUGUCCACAUAACUUUGUGGUGGACCAUAGCUCCUGUGUGAGAGCGUGCCCCAGUAACAAGAUGGAGGUGGAGGAGAACCGCAUUAAGAUGUGCAUUCCUUGUACCGACAUCUGCCCGAAAGCAUGUGAUGGCAUUGGUACAGCCAGCCUACAGACUGCUCAAACAGUCGACUCCAGCAACAUUGACAAGUUUGUGAACUGCACCAAAAUCAACGGCAACCUGGUGUUCCUCAUCACUGGGAUCAAAGGGGAUGUGUAUCACAACAUUGAAGCUUUGGACCCAGAAAAACUAAAUGUAUUCCGCACCGUACGGGAGAUCACCGGCUAUCUCAACAUCCAGUCUUGGCCUGACAACAUGACAGACCUGAGUGUCUUUUCCAACCUGGUUACUAUUGGGGGAAGAGCUCUGUACAGUGGGAUCUCCCUGCUGGUGUUGAAGCAGCAGGGUAUCACAUCUCUGCAGCUGCAGUCCCUGAGAGAGAUCAGUGCUGGGAAUGUCCACAUCGCAGAGAACAGCCAGCUUUGCUACUACAACACUGUCAACUGGACGAGACUGUUCCGUGCUGAAAACCAGAAGGUUCUGAUCCGCAACAACCAAAGCCCGCAGAAAUGCUCAAAAGAGCGCAUGGUGUGUAACCCGCUGUGUUCUGACUCCGGCUGUUGGGGUCCUGGCCCAGAUCAGUGCCUCGCCUGCAGAUUCUUCAGUCGUGGACGAAUCUGUGUGAAUAACUGCAACCUUUAUGAAGGGGAUAUCCGAGAGUACGCCAAUGGGUCAGUGUGUGUGGAGUGUGAUGCCGAGUGUGAGCGAGCUGACGAUGACUCUUUGACCUGUAACGGUCCGGGCCCAGAGCAUUGUGUGAAUUGCAUCCAUUUCAAGGAUGGUCCUAAUUGUGUUGAAAAAUGUCCUGAUGGCCUGCAAGGUGCCAACAGCUUCAUCUUCAAGUAUGCAGAAGCCAACAAUGAAUGCCAUCCCUGCAAUGCCAACUGCACCCAAGGGUGCAUUGGACCACGACUGCAAGACUGCAUUGGCUGGAUGGACAGAACUCCUCUGAUCGCAGCAGGGGUGAUCGGCGGCCUCUUCUUGGUGGUGAUCAUGGUGCUGAGCGUAGCCGUGUCUGUUCGCCGGAAGAACAUUAAGAAGAAGAGAGCGCUUCGUCGCUUCCUUGAGACAGAGCUGGUGGAGCCUCUAACACCCAGUGGAACAGCGCCCAACCAAGCUCAGCUUCGCAUCCUGAAAGAGACAGAACUCAAAAGGGUCAAGAUCCUCGGCUCUGGUGCCUUUGGGACUGUUUACAAGGGUAUUUGGGUCCCAGAGGGUGAAACGGUGAAGAUUCCUGUAGCCAUUAAAAUCUUAAGUGAGGCGACAGGACCCAAGGCUAAUGUGGAGUUCAUGGACGAGGCCCUCAUCAUGGCGAGCAUGGAGCACCCCCACCUGGUCCGCCUGCUGGGCGUCUGCCUUAGUCCCACCAUCCAGCUGGUCACACAACUGAUGCCUCAUGGGUGCCUGCUCGACUAUGUCCAUGAGCACAAGGACAACAUCGGAUCACAGCUGCUGCUCAAUUGGUGUGUCCAGAUUGCCAAGGGGAUGAUGUACCUGGAGGAGCGUAGGUUGGUCCACAGGGAUCUGGCAGCCCGAAACGUAUUGGUCAAAUCUCCCAACCACAUCAAAAUCACCGACUUCGGCCUGGCUCGCCUUCUGGAUGUUAAUGAGAAGGAAUAUAAUGCUGAUGGAGGAAAGAUGCCCAUUAAAUGGAUGGCCCUGGAGUGUAUCCAUUACAGGAAGUUUACUCAUCAGAGUGAUGUUUGGAGUUACGGAGUGACCAUCUGGGAGGUGAUGACCUUUGGAGGGAAGCCAUACGAUGGGAUUUCCAUCAGAGAAAUCCCAGACCUGCUUGAGAAAGGAGAGCGUCUUCCUCAGCCGCCCAUCUCCACCAUUGACGUCUACAUGGUCAUGGUCAAAUGUUGGAUGAUUGAUGCAGACAGUCGGCCCAAGUUCAAGGAGCUGGCUGCAGAGUUCACUCGGAUGGCUCGUGAUCCCCAAAGAUACCUGGUCAUUCAGGGUGACGACCGCAUGAAGUUGCCCAGCCCAAACGACAGCAAGUUCUUCCAGAGCCUCCUGGACGAGGAGGAGCUGGAGGACCUGAUGGAUGCUGAGGAAUACCUGGUGCCGCACUCCUACAACAUUCCACCUCUGGCAUACACUCCCCGAGCACACAUGGACUCUAACAAGAACCAGUAUGGCUACCAGGACCCCAGCUUCAGCAUGGAAGACAUGCUGGCCACCCUCCCCAGAGUGGUCUCUGUUCCUCCUGGCCCUGGGGUCUGCCUCCCACCACAAGACCAGUCAUUAGGGGGACAGAUUGGAGUUGGAUUUGGCCGUAGCAACCAGGAUGACCCUCGCUGCAAUGGAACCCUGAGGAAGCAGGCCUCCCCGAGGUCAGGCAACCUUGUGCCGGGCUCAGCGCUCACUGCUGGACAAGGUGGAGGGGAGGACAUUAGUGGACAGCGAUACAGUGCGGAUCCCACUGGUCUUUUAGCAGAGCGAGGAGUAAAAGGAGACAAGGACCAGGAAGGCUACAUGACUGCGAUGAGAGACAAGAACAACUCAGACUAUCUCAACCCAGUAGAAGAAAACCCCUUUGUCACCCGCCGCAGGAAUGGUGACGCCCAUGCAGUGAUUGAUGGAGUGGGCUGCCACACCCUGCACAUGGCUGGAGCUGCUGCUGCCCCCAAGAGCCAGUCCACCCAUGGAGACGAUGAGUAUAUCAAUGAGCCACUUUACCUGAAUACCUUCCUCAACCCUGGAGACAAGAAUGGAUUGGCUGGUGCAGUGUCCAUUCCCGUCCCAGGGUCCUCGGCUGCUCAAUCAAUAUCGCAGACGGUCAACCCAUCAACGUCAAGCCACGUGGUCUCCACCUCUGGAUAUGUGAUUCCCCCUGGCCACCUCCCCCACCAAUCGUAUCCAUCACACACCCUGCACCCAGGCCAUUCAGGACACGUUCUGCACUCAGGCAUCACCAGCGGCACCAUUAUGUUUGAUAAGAAAGGCAAUAAGGCCACUUUUGACAAUCCUGAAUACUGGCAGCACAGUCUACCCCCGAAGUCCUCACUGCACAACCCUGAGUACCUGCAGGACUGCAGCACGCGCUUCUUCUACCGGCAGAAUGGACGCAUUCGCCCCGCUGUGGCCGAAAACCAGGAAUACUUGUCCGAGGCUGCUAUGAAAGCUGGCAAUGUGUUGCCACCCCCUCCAUACAGGCAGAGGAACACUGUAGUGUAGUGACCCACCUGUAGCACAAUGAAGGAUGAACAGAGGGAAGGGAGGGGGAUAAAUAAACAGUCCACUCGUUUCCAUGCAGUACUUCUCGGCCUGGGUUGUUCUUGCACCCUUCCUGGACACCUCUCUCUGUUAUGUUCAAUUGCAAGUCUUUUAGUUUCACUCUCAAGUUCUGCCUUGUCUUGACAGGACUACAAUAACAGUCACUGACAGCCUCACUUGACUUUUGUAGCUCUAUCCUUGGCCAUGAAAGCAAGUAGACACGUUUUCGAUGUUGGUUCCAUUGUGGAGCACACUGUCCUGCCAUCCCAAGUAUCAGAGAGGCACAACAACAACACAAUGAAAUAAUUGAAAAAAGGAGACAUGAACUGAGGUUAGCCCAAAGAGAUAAUUAUGGCCAUGAUCUUUCAUGCUUUUGUUUAUACACCCAUAAAUUACAGUUCACCAUGUGAUUUUUUUAGCACAUAUUUCACCUAGAAAGAUGCACACAUUGCUAUUGUGUGCAAUCUAUACAAUGACACACGCACAUGGCGUUGUGUCGUGACUCACCAGCAAUCCCCGCAGUCAAGCAGAAGAGCCCAGAUGUGGCUUGCAUGCAUGUCCACACGCUUCUCUGAGUUUUAUGUGUUGCUGCACCAGUAAUGGAAUUCAAACAUUUAUCACACACAGCUCAUAUCAUACCUAAAACAUGUUAACAUGCCUGCAGCCUUGACAAACCAAUAAUAUCCAUACAUUAAUUCAUAAGCAUAUACAUGCAUACCGACAGGUAAACUUGCUGGCACUGGAUAUACUGUAUAUUCUGGAGGAGAAGCUCAAUUGACCUUGUGCUGGAACACAGAGUUUGCCGAUAAUAGCAGUCAGUGUUGCAGUGCAGGAAGGGUGAACAGGAAAGUAAAUGUCACCACAGUCUUAUGAAAAACUGAUACCAACCAAGUAUUCAGCAUUCAGCAGAUUAUUGGCAUAGCUAGGUUGGAUUUCACAAAUGCUAUAUGCAGUGUCAUGGGAUGGACAGAUAUUUCAACAGGGAAAGGAAUGUGAUGAUGGUAAAUACAAACAGGAAGAAAAACGCUUUUAGAAUCGAGUUCAGAGAUUAUUUUCAGUUUUUUUCUUUUGCAUCAGGGAUCUGUUUACUUUGUCACAUUUUCUUACACUAACACAAUGAGCACAGACGCCAAGCCACGAAUGAGCAACGUAGUUGUGGCAAUGAAGCUCACCCGGCAGAGCUGUAAAUAAGCCAAUUACAUGUCAUUACAAGACAAAUAAAAUCCUGGAAAGAAGCUCUGCUGACCGAGCUGAGACAUAAAAUGAUGAGGCUACUUCUUUUUUUUUUUGUACCUCUGUGUAUUCAUGCCAUUGUUUGUCAUAAAAACUGAAAAUGAACCUUGACCACGUAGUCACGACUACAGGUCUCUGUCUCUCAGCGCUGAAGUGGACCAGGGAGAGAAAAGGCUGUUUAAACGUAUAAGGAGGCCUCUUCGUGAUUUUACUAUGGACAUGAGAAAAUGGGAAACCUUCUUUUCUAUUGUUAUUUGACAUUGUAAGUGAAAUAUUAUAAGUUAUCACUGAAUCCACUGAUGGCUAGCUUUCUGUACUCAUUCAGUACUGCCGGAUGCCACAAUUAACUCUGAUGGAGACCAAUAGGAUCUGUUGUCAAAAGACUUUGAAGCCUAACUUAGGCUGGGGUUGAUAAUUAAAUAGCACUUAAUGCUCUGAGACAGCCAAAUGACUUUGCUGUUAUUAUCGCUAAGAGGCAAUUCAUUCAUUCAUUCAAUUCAAUUCUUUUUUUUUUCGUGUUGCACUCACAAUUUACAGUGAGAUGCUCACACCUCAAACUUUGUUUCAUCAGGAAUACAUCUUACAAAAGAGCAUACCCACUCUUAUGAACGUUAUGAUAGUAAUACUUUGGGGUAGGGAGAUAUCAACGAUGUAUAACAAAUGUGUCAAUUUUCCGUAUCAUGUAUACCCAAGUAGCUAUUCUUUGGAUAUUUCUUGUUUUACAAGACAAUUGUAGACACUCAUUUUGGUAUUUGCGGUAUACUAAAUCAAUAAGGUACUCACAAGAGACAGAUUAAAAAAUGAAGUUGUUGUACCUCCUACCUCCAGUUUCUAAUGAAGGGUUUAUGUUAAAAAGUCUGAUGCCCAAGCAAAUAGUAACCUGAUGAAAUCAUUGUUGAUAUCACCUGGCUUUAUAUAUUAUAAGAUGAAUAGAACAAAUCAUGAUGGGUACACUAAACUUCAUGUGUAAAAUUGGGGGUUUGCACCAAAAACCGAUAUGUCCAUCAAUAAACAGUUUGUCAAUUGAAUGAACAGGACAUAUUUUAAAUCAUAAUAUUGAUCACAUACCCUUAUUUCAGAUUUUGUUCAUGCCGCCCACCCUGAGUAUUAGGUGAUAAUGUCAUGUAUUUGGAGACCGAUUAAUGCCUGUGUAUGUGUCACUGCUGGCAUACCAAUACACAACCACUGUUACACAACCUUGUGCCUCUACAUUGAAAAUACCAGGCAGAGGGAAGGUUCAGUUCAGCAGUGUUGAUGACGUCAUGUCCAAAAAACAGAUGUCACCCUGGCACAGUGUUUCUCCCCCUUUCUCAGGUUUUAUGGGGAACAAUAAUAAUUCAGUUGAACUCCAGCUGAGACACAAGUUGCCACUUUAAAAUGGGUCAUCAAACCUAUUAAAGAAAAAGUAUAAUGGAAGAUAGAUAAACACCCUGAUACCACAGUAAACACACUGCUGAAAUGUGCAAAUGUGAAUUUUAUAGGUUUGAGGGGAUGGGUCUUGAAGUCAGCUCUGUGGUAACUAUCAUUGACAUUGCUCUGUUGUUAACUUGAUUAAGCUGUGUUCAUCUGCUCUGAUGAUUUCAUUUAUACAUACUGUCUUUGUGUAAAUGUCUGUCAGUGUCCUCUCUAUGUGUCUAGAUUGUUUAGGUCAGUAAAUGUCUACUCUAUUUUUACCAUCACACAUUAGGUAUUAGUUGCAGUGCUUGUAGACUACUUUUUGGCCGUUUGUUUAAGUGCAAUGACAGCAGUGGAUAGUCACCCAAAGGCAUCAUAAUGGAUCUCUAUGGAAAAAUGAAGCCAAUCUUGUGAAGGAGAAAACCUGCUGGUGCUCUCAGCGUCGGAGCAUCACAAGGGGAUUUUAGCGUUUUGAAUGCUAAUUCAUCCACUUUCCCUUUUUGUUCUGUUGGGAAAUCAUGUUACCUGACAUCUCACCCAGUGCACCAGCUUAGAAACCGUGAACGACAGGCAAUAGGUUGUAAUCCUGCAGCGGGGCUAAAACUAAGGUAUUAGCAUUCUAGAAAUGUUACCAGACCAAUGCAUCAAUGUUACAAAAGCUAGCAGGAGAGAAGGUACAAGUGCACUGUAACUGGCAGAGGAGACCAGAGUAGAUUGCCAUCCUUUCUUUUUUUUCUCAGAGGUGACUGUGAAUUGUAUGUAGCAAACACUGUUCAGCUGUACAGCAGUGAAACCGAAAAAAGCAGCUAUGUGUGGCGUGAACACGAACAAAGACUAAAACAACCUGGAAAUGAAAAGUGAUUUUGGUCAAAUGUUAACAGGAGUCAUAGUUUCAUGUAAAACAUAUUACAUUUUGUGUCAAGGUACAGAAAGCCUCACAGGUACAGUAGUUAUUUAAAGGGGCACAAUAACUCCCCUUCAUCACUGACUACUCAGUUAGCUGGCGUUAUAGUAACAAUUAUAGUUUGUAUCAAUGGGUUUUAUUAUAUUUCAAAAUCUUGGAAAUAGUAUUGUAAAUGGUGUUGUUUAAACUCUUGUGUUUGCCAUUCAGGGUGUCACAUUGUCACAGCAGAUGUUUUCUUUUUAAUAUGCUGUUUAAAGGUUUCAUUAUCUCAAGUAAUGAUCUCUUCUCAAUUUUGAGGCAAUUACUAGCUAUGUCCCAAGUCAGGGGCUCUAUGUGAGCCAUCCAUUGUCUGAAGUCCAGGCUGAACUGUCAUGUCUUUGCAAAAUGAGGCUAGUUAAAAACUAACAGUGCGUUCAGGUGCACAUUGUCAACUUAACAACUUAUUUCUUCAGCAAGUUGUACCAAACAGCUUCCCUCAGAAGGCCUAUUUUCUUUGUUCACACCAUCAAGUACAUUUUCAAUGGUUUAGUAAAUGUGAUUUGACAAAUUAUACACCAGGUGUGUCCUUCAAGCAAAGGGAUGCUUGACAGACCUUGUUGGACCGCUAGGACACAACCAGCCAAGAAUAGGCACUAAAGAGGGUCCAGCCCCUGAACUGGGACAAAGCCAUUGUGUUUACAAAAUAUGCUCUCUUUUACUUUUGUAUUAUUCAAAUCAUGAAGAACUUUAGUCACAGAAUUGGUCAUAUCUAUCCACCUGUGAUCUAAAUGCCCUUACUGUGUUGGAUAAACAUAUGUUACAUUUCUGAGAUGUAACAUGUCAAUGCAUCAUCAAAACGUUUUUUUAAAGGGAAACUAUAAUGCAGCUGACAAAAACAUAUGCUAACACGUUUUCAGAAUCAAACUGUGUAUGGCUGUCAUACUUCUUUUACACUGAUUCAUAUGCAUAUAUUCUACCAUACCAUGAAAACUGGGGUAGAUGACAACGGUUGAGAAAGCACAGUUUACAAUGUAUUGAAUUGAUGUUAAAAUGGAAAUAAUAAUUGUCUUUUAACCAAAUGAUAAAGACAUUCAGAUAAUGGGCCACUGGAUAGUUAUACCAUUGUUAUAAAAAAAAGAGUGGAUAGUAUUUUUAUAGGUCAGUAAAGGGUGGCCAGGUGCAUCUGUAAAUAAGACAAUGAUGCUUCUUUUUUCAGCUGAAGAUUUUUUUUCCUUGCAUCAUUUGAUUUUUGGUGGUCUACUGUACCUUCUUUUGUCUUUGGGGAAUAUCUUUUCUGUAUGUAUAUAACUAUAUAUACAGUAAAUAUAUAUAUAUAUAUAUAUUCUGUAAAUGUUAUUUGAAGAGUGAACUCUCAUUUUAAAAAACGCUUGCAGGGUCUUUUGUCACACCCACCCCAUCAUUUCCCCUGUGACUUUGUGACUGUUUUUUAGCACAAUUUGGUGGAUUUUGUGUUUCAACCUCUGCUCCUGCUCACUUUGUAGGAGUAAAAUACUAGGUGUAUUCUAACUCCACUUCUCUCCAUGCUUCUCUCAAUAUUAUACACAUCUUGAGAUUUUUUUUUAAAUUUUGUACACUCUUAAAAUGCUGUUGCAAUACUAAUGAAUAUUCCCUAUUUCACCCACGUUUCUCUCAGCCUUUCCUAAACAGUGUUAUUAAUCCACCAGUGUCACUUUACACCUUGUGUUUUAAGGACCUAUACUAUGUUUCCUUGAGUAGUUUAAUUUUCCAUUUGCGCUGAGCUCAUUCAUAUAGAGCUUAAUAGUGAUGUUAAGCUCUUCAUCCAUUUGGGGCAAUACUGAUUGAAUGGUGUAGCAAUAUCAUGUUACAGCCUACACAGUAAUUCAAUGGUGUUUGAGAGGCAAAAUGGAAAGUUUGCAUGGGCUGGACUGAUCAUUUAAAUAACUGAUCAAUUACUUUUCUUGUACAGAGGUUAGUACGUCAACUAUUUUCGACUUCAUCCAGACUUGAAAAGGUUCACUAUUUUUCAGAAGUCACAGUUUAACUAAACAUCUUUUUCACAGGAUCUUUAAAUGACUUUGGGAUAGAGUUUGGCCAAAUUGUCAUUUCAUGUUAUAUCUGAUGUGAGGACUGGUGCCAAGAUCAUCACAUUGAAGCUGUUUCUUUGUGGCUUGUCAUCAAGUGGUGCAUCAUAAUACUAAUGUCAAGUGUUGCUGAUGCUCAGAUGCUGAGGCUAAAUGGUUGGUUAAAUGUACUAUUUAAACCUAUCUGGAAGAACAUUAUUGCAGGAUGUAUGAAUCCCCAAUUUGACCAUUUUAUUAUGUGUUAAGUUUCGGAUUGAUAUUUCAAUUGCAGAAGACACAUACUUGUGUAUUUUCUAAACAACUGAAAAGGCUGUAGACUUUUCCAGUGAAAUCUAAAGAUAUAUACUGCAAUUUUGUUUAAAAAAUACUAGAUUUCUGCCAGCAUCAACAGUGUGUCAUAUAUUUUAUUUGAUAUAUCACCUUGCACAGAUGUUUUUUGGGCAGUCUUGACAAUAUCCAGCAUUUAAAAAUACAUUUAGUAAGAUGGUCAGUUUGGUAAGCUUCACAUAAGUCCAUCUGUUAGUUCAUAAGUUCAUUGAAGUUUUGAAGGAAGAAUAUUCAAUUGUAAAAACGUUCAUAAAUUAUCACUGCUUUUUAUCAACUCAUCAGAAUGAUUGAGAAAUAAGUUUUAUAGAACAUACUGUACCUUGUCACAUAUUGCCAGUUUAAACAAUUGUUUCUUCACUGGUUAAUUGACACAUUUCCCAAGCUAGAGCAUUGAAAUAUGUAUUCCCUCUGUUUUGUUACAUGAAUCUGUCAAAACUAUAUUUUUAAUUCAAUAUGAAUAAAGAUCAGUCAAUAUUUAAA